GGGCCGCAGGGGGUUGUCCGCCCGCUGCACGCACAGCAGCCGCAGCCGCCUCGCGCCUGGUCCCGCGGUCGCAACUUGAACCGCAGCCUCCGCGCCGCCUCUGCUGCUUGGUUCGUGGAUCGGUUCCUCCGGCACACGGGCUCCAGCCGCGCCACAGCUGCCUUCCAAUCCCUCUAGCCGUCCCGAUUUCCUUGUUCGGCCCGAUUCAGCCCCGAAGAUGGUGGACCGCGAGCAACUGGUACAGAAAGCCCGGCUGGCGGAGCAGGCGGAGCGCUACGACGACAUGGCCGCGGCCAUGAAGAACGUGACAGAGCUGAAUGAGCCCCUGUCCAAUGAAGAAAGAAACCUCCUUUCUGUGGCCUACAAGAAUGUAGUUGGGGCUCGUCGUUCUUCCUGGAGGGUCAUUAGUAGCAUUGAGCAGAAGACGUCUGCGGAUGGUAAUGAGAAGAAGAUAGAGAUGGUCCGUGCUUACCGUGAGAAAAUAGAGAAGGAGUUGGAAGCAGUGUGUCAGGAUGUGCUGAGCCUGCUGGAUAACUACCUGAUCAAGAAUUGCAGUGAGACCCAGUAUGAGAGCAAAGUGUUUUACCUGAAGAUGAAAGGGGACUAUUACCGCUACCUGGCUGAAGUAGCCACUGGAGAGAAAAGGGCGACUGUCGUGGAGUCAUCGGAGAAGGCCUACAGCGAAGCCCAUGAGAUCAGCAAGGAGCACAUGCAGCCUACUCACCCCAUCAGAUUGGGCCUGGCUCUCAACUACUCCGUUUUCUACUACGAGAUCCAGAAUGCCCCCGAGCAAGCGUGCCACUUGGCCAAGACCGCCUUCGACGACGCCAUCGCCGAGCUCGACACUCUGAAUGAGGACUCCUACAAGGACUCCACUCUCAUCAUGCAGCUCCUCCGCGACAACCUAACGCUCUGGACAAGUGAUCAGCAAGACGACGACGGCGGGGAAGGCAACAAUUAAGGCCCCAGGUGGACUGGCAGCGCACGCUGAUGCUACUACUGCAGUCUUUAUUUUUUUCCCAUGAGUUGGGGGUCGGGUGGGGGAGGGAAAGGGAGGGUGACCUUCCUAGGGAGAAGCCCACGACCUGUCCUGUCUUUGAUCGCCUCUUUGACAUUUUUGCCAAAAUACCACUAGUGGAAAGUCAGGCUAGCUGUGCUGGUAUUGGAGUAGCAGUCUCACACCGGCAUAUGGACUGUUCUGUAGAUUAACGCAAGUGGAGCUGUCUUUAAUUUAACUUAUUGCUAGAUAAUAGGGUUUUAAGAUGAAACGAAACUUCAGUGGAAUGGCCCUCAUUCAAUAAGUUCUGUGGUUCCAGUAAGGAUUUUUAUGUACAUAUGCUCUUGUCUUAAGUUUUGGGUACUUUCUAUCUCAUCUGUUUUAGCUGUGCAUUUUUUUCAGGGUGUACUCUACCAAACAUGGAAUAGUUUAAAUCCCAAACUGACAGACUUAGAACAUAAGGUAUAUGUACCCUUAUGGUUUAGGCCUUGCUAAUUUUCUGAAGUCUCUGAUUAGUUGACAGUAUUAACACUAAAUUGCAGUUUACAGUAUUUCUACAUUACAGCCAUAUGCGACAUCAAGUCAUUGAUUGUGCGUUUUCCUUUGCUAGUUAUUUUGGCUUUCCAUCCGUAUUUAGCCUGAUCCAGGGUGGUUUUCUCCUAGGCCAGAAGGCUGCCUGAGGAACAUCAAGGCUCCUUUAGGUUUUGGUUAAUAGGUGCUUGGCAGGUGGCUGUGGGAUUUUUGUCUUUCAUUUUAACUUACAUCCACCACAAAAAAAUCACUUUAAUAGAAACGUUAAACACCACAAAAAUAGAGAAAAUUCAGGUCUGUAUGUCAUUUACCGUGUUGAUAUUUUCAGAGAAAUCCUGAUUUGUAAGCUGCCACAGCUCAUUCCUCAGGGAUUACGCUGCCAUUUCACUCUUCACUUGAGUCUUCUGCACUGUACCUUAUGUGAAUGCCACUCGGUGGGGUUAUAGAAUCUGGGUGGUGGUUUUGAGAAAGUUGGUGGUGCAGUGUAUGAAAAUUCAGGUGCUAGAAGCUUACUGGUAGAAAAAUCCAAAAGGAAGAGCUUUUCAUAAACAUUCUGUCUUGAUUUCGGGAGCCUUGUAAGUGUGUCAGUUUUUCCUCCUGAAAACACUCUUUCCCCAAGGAAUUGUUAUGAGAAAACAAAUUAAAAUCAUUCUUAGGUAAUAAAUACUUAACUCCUAUUUGACCAAAACUUUUUUCUAUGUAUUUUUUUUUCUUUAAUCAAAGCAUAGAAAUCAGAGAUUCAUUUUUCUCUUGUAAUCAGGGCGUUUCGGAAUUGAAGGAAACCACAUUGCUAUUUCCACAAAUUUUUCAGUUAGCCUUCGGCCCUUUAUUCUCAUUCUGGAUAAAUGUCUGAAAACAUAAUCUGUUGCAUGUGUGUUUAUUCACCUUUUGUAUACGAUCAUUAACAGUGUGAACUCCCGAGAUAGGUGAUGACACUAAACUUGUUUUAUUUAGGCAAGAAGGUAAUAAUUGAGGAAAAACUGACACUUGUUUUGCUAAUACCAAAAUUGAGCUUACAAUUAUGAAAUGAAUAUGUUGAACAGGAUCCAGGUGACAGGGAAGAUAGAAUGGUGAUGAUACCUGUAACAUUGCACAGUCUACCCAGCAUGGCUUUCCUUAGAAGGUCCCCUUCCUUUGCUAGAGCGAAAGUCCCCAUUAAACUGAACCCUACCAGAAGAACGAAUAGGAGAAAGCGAGCAUUCGUGCCGUUACAGGGCCCUCCAGUGAGUGCCAGGAACGCAAGAGGAUUUGGGGGGUUAGGUGGGGCUUUCCUUAAUUUAUCUUCAUGUCCAGUGAGCAGUGUUGUGUCCUUUCUUGUAGCAUUUGGAAAUGAUUUACUGGAAUUACAAAACCUAUUUUUCUUUUCAAUUUCAGCUUUGGCUCUGGCUGCUUUUUAGAAUAAUGCAAGAUAAAAUCAUACCUGAGGGCUAAAAAUGAAGAGGGAAUGGGAGACUUGAUAUUUAAGCAGCUUGAAUGGUUUCUUUUCUUUUCUUUAUUUUUAAAGAAAUGCACUUGCCUAUGAUACUGUCUCUCCAGUGAAAUGAUUACUCCAUUACUCUAUUGAUACAAUAUUGUGCAUGCUAGUGUUGUAUUUCUAUACAGUAGCUUGAAAUUUAUUAACUUAUACUGUAGGUGUUAUGUAUUCCUAUGACAAAAAAAUUAAGUCUUCAAAUUUUUUAAAGUUUUUUUAAUUUAAUUUUUCCUUUUGGGAGUAAAGUUUGCUCUACCAAAUAGUGAUUGUAACAAAUUGAUCUGUAUUGGAUGUUGCUAUAGUGACAUGCAGUUAUAUAUUUUGUUUUUAAGGGGGGGGAGCAAAAGAAACACCAGUGUUAGCUUAAUCUUAAUGUCUGGUGUUUGUCAUGGUGAAAUUAUAACUAUUACAGUGUAGGAGAACAGUGACUGUUCUCUGAAUGAGCCUUUGUGCUUUUUGUCAUGUUAUGCAGUGAACUCUUUUUAAGGUCUAAUCAGUGAUUAUUUUUCCAACUCCGUGUUUCUCUAAGGAAUUAUUUCACACACGGACCAUUCUUAGCAGUUUUCCUCAGUGAUGGAAUAUCAUGAAUGUGAGUCAUUAUGUAGCUGUCGUACAUUGAGCAAAUAAACUUACAGAUCUGAUGUCA